AUUUUCGAUUUACAGAUUGUUGAUUGACCACGGGGAUUUCGCAGAGUCUCCAGUACAGCUACAAUGGCGUCAAUAUCUCAACCCCCUCUUCGGUUCACUUCUCACAAGAACUUCGUGUACCGUCUCGUCUUCGCUACGUUGACCGGCCGCACGAUUCAAAUCUCCCAGAUCCGUCCUUCGUCGCCUACGAAUCCCGGUCUCGCUCCUCAUGAAAUCUCGUUCCUUCGUCUUCUGGAGUCCAUUACCAAUGGCUCCCAGAUGGAGAUCUCGUACACCGGUACUAUCCUUGUUUACAAGCCCGGCCUCAUUACAGGCAGUUCGCCAGGUGUGGCCACGAGCAGCGGAGGCGUCAUCCGGCACGAGCUCCCAGCAGGGUGCAAUCGUGGCGUGAGUUAUUAUCUGCUGCCGCUCUGCCUUUUGGCACCCUUUUCCAAGGCUCCCAUCAAGGUCCUCUUUACUGGUCCAGGUGUGAUUACCUCGUCCACCCCGACUGGUGACAUGUCCGUGGACAGUGUGCGAACCGCCAUUCUCCCUCUCUACAACCAAUUUGGAAUCUUUAACAACAUUGAGCUGCGUAUCCUACGGCGAUCGAACCCUGGACCCAAUGGCAGAGGCGGUGGUGGAGAAGUUCAGCUAGUCUUUGGCCACCAGCUCCGGCUGCCGAAGACCCUGCACCUCAUGAACGCCGGUCGCAUCAAGAAGGUCCGCGGUGUGGCCUACUCUGUCGGUGUUUCCGCAUCCAAUAACGCACGAAUGAUCGAAACCGCCCGUGGUGUUCUGAACCCACUCGUCCCUGACACCUAUGUCUUCUCUGAUGUGUCGUCGGCGCCGCUCGUACCUGCCCCCGAGAAGAGCAACCCUUCCGCGAAAAAGAAGAUUGGCCUUGGAUUUGGACUCUCGUUGGUUGCAGAGUCAUCUACUGGCUGCCUGUUCUCCGCCGAUGUGGCGUCGCCUCCCGCAGGCGGCGAGGCGCCUGAAGACAUCGGGAAGCGAUGUGCUUACCAGCUACUUGAGGCCGUUUCGAAGGGAGGUUGCGUUGCCCCUGCAGCUGUUCCGACCAUGCUGGGUCUGAUGACGAUGGGAUCGGAGGAUGUUGGGCGAAUCCAGGUUGGUCGGGAGGUGAUCGCCGAGGAGAGCACCAUCCAGCUGGCCAGGGACCUGACCAAGUUCGGUGCUCCGGGUUGGGGUCUGAGAGACGCGAGUGGUGAGAAUGAGAAUGGGGAUGUGAUCAUCAGCGUGGUUGGCCGCGGCAUUGGCAACGUUGGCCGUAAGGUUGCUUGAUUGUGAAGACCCAACAUCAGCCUCACAUCAACUCCGCGGUCGGCUGUUUCAGGUAUUACCGACCUUUUUCUGGUCGGUGGUCUGUCCAGUGGAGCUUCAAGGGCCCUGUCACAGCGUUGUUUCAGAGUAUGGCCAGUUUGCAUCUGAUUGCCCAAUGUGAGCGCCGGGUACUGCCCCUGGCGACAGCGGUGUAUCACGUAGGCGCAAGGGAAGGGCAAGGUUUCAUCUCCACUGAGGGGAAGACCGCAGACCACGUCAUUUCUAAUAAAAGCUGCAUUUCGUCUUCGACCUCCGACUUUCACCUUCUUUAUCGCCAAGUUGCGUCGCUAACUUGGGUCAUGUGCCACGUGGCUGAGAUUGGCGCCCAGCCGACAGCUGUUCGCCGCACACCGCAGCCCGGAUCUUGGCCUGUUCGAUUCCCAUCUCCUGGGAGGGCAAUCUGACGCUUCGGACUGGCAAGUGGGUGCUCUCGUGAGGCACUUUGUUGUUCAUAUUUCCGUGAUACCCUUUAUUUGUUUGGUAUGUGGGCUUCCACCUCACCGCUGGGAGCCACUCGAAGAUGGAAUGGGAUUGGUAGUUCGAAGUAGGGUUUGCUGGCUGCGGCCUAACCGACGUGCUUCAUGCAGCAAGUUUAAGUUUCUAAGACGAGAAUGGAUCGUCGUUCCUGUACAUAGAAAUAGCUUGAAUAUAAGAUGCUCGGCUCCG